CCGGCGAAUUCGCGGAUCGCGCGAUCACGCGCGAGUGGAGCGUCUGCCGACUGGCGUGUCGCCGUCGCGCUCGCCGGCGUCCGAUGCGCCCGUGAAGGAGAGGCCCCCGCUGACGGACCGACCGAGCCAGAGGCGCCCGCUCCAGAGGCCGAGGCCGAGGCAGAGGCAGCCGACUCCAGAGGGACCGAGAGCGGCGGGCGGAGCGGCGGUCGCGGGCACACGGUACUCUCCGCUCGAAUGCUACUCGCGGGCGGCGGGCGCCGACCGGAUGGCGGAGCGCGGCUGACCCGGGCCCAGAGGCCGCGCGCCGCCGCGACCGAUAUGAACGACGCCGAGCUCGCGAGCGCCCCAGCUCGAGCCUAGGUAGGCGGAGGUUAGGGCGGCCGGGCCGAGACAAUGAGCGCUGACAACCGUCCCCGGUCGAAGCCGCUCCUCGAACCCGAGCACGCCGAGCCCCCGGGGGACGCCAGGAAGAUCAAGAAGGAACGCGCCGACGCCGAGGCCGACGAGACUGACGCCGCCCCCGCUCCCGCCCCCGCCCCAGCCCCCGCGACCGUUAACGGCGCCGACGAUGCCACCCGAGAUCGGAGUGCUCCCCUGGAGGUACAUCGGUUUCGGAACCCCAGGCCUUCCCAGACUGGAGCCCAGGUCUCCAACGGCUUCCACGGAGGGGCCAACCUCCUGCAGGACGUCCUUUCCAGCAAGUUUGCCGGCCUCGCUCAUCACGGUCCUGCUGCUAAGCACGACAAGAUCAGGCUCAUGAUCGAGGAUAGUAUCGGGGAAGAGUCCAAGUGCCGCGUUCAGGAUAUCUUUUCACAAGUCGAGCAACUUAAGACGGAGGAGAAGCUAUUGCUGUACCUGAAGUUACCGCUGUCGCUGACCAAUCCAGGAGGUAGCGUCGAUCCACUGAGACUGCCAUUGAAUCCACUAGGCAAUCGUUAUGAGAUCCAUCAGACCAUCAUGUGGAUCAAGACGCAUCUCGAGGAGGAUCCUGAUGUUUCUUUACCGAAGCAGGAGGUUUACGACGAAUAUAACAUGUUUUGUAUAAGGAACUCCAUGAAACCUCUGUCGACGGCGGAUUUUGGGAAGGUGAUGAAGCAAGUCUAUCCUAGAGUGAGACCUCGCAGGCUUGGUACGCGUGGAAACUCUCGUUACUGCUAUGCUGGCAUGCGAAAGAGAAUCAAAUUGGACCCCCCAACGCUACCAUCGGUGACUGGCGUGCCAGCUGGCGACGAGGAGGAGGAGAACCUCACCGAGGAAAUGUUAGGCGCAGCCUCGACAUUAAUUCGUGAGUGGGCUGAAAAUUUGCUCAGCUUGAAAUUUCCAACGCUGAGCGCCUUGGCGCGUCAUCUCGUCGACAACCUUUGCGUCGAUACGAGAUCUCUAGCUGCUGUUUGCAUCCUAUGUGCUUCCGGCGAGAGCCAAGCGUCCACCGAUAAAGAAAUACCGGCACUCGCUGUUACACCGACACCAGUGAAAUCUGGGAAGUUGAGGGAAGCGCAACUGCAGCUGCAACGUAAGCUACAACAGCGCGAACACAUUCGGGAUCAGAAGCAUAGACACCUUGAUACUGUUUUACAGAAUCAGAACAAAGAGAAGACUGUAGAUAAUAAUAAGGGUGGAGUAGGUAGCAAGGGAGGCAAGAGGAGCAAAGCGAGUCAGUCACCGCAAGGCGCGAAUCCAUCCUCCGGUGGAUUGGCACCGAGCAAGCAGAACCAGUCGAUUCAGCCUGCCGGUCGACAGCGAAAGGUCCUGAAGCCAUCGGCCUCCCAGAGCAGCGAUCCAACGGUGGUCUCCCUGCAAUCCAACUGUGAUAGCCUAUCGGUACAAUCGUUCGACGAGUCUAGGAGCAACGGCGAGGCCGUGCUGGUGCUGGCGAGCGACAUCACCUCCCCGAAGGCCGCAAAGUCGCGCAAUCCCAGGAAACGAGGCAACCCAGCCACCGGUCAGCAUCCUUCGGAGUCCAGUCCGGAGAAGCAGGCCAAGCUGGCGGAGGCUGGCAAGUCGUCGGCGACGACGUCCUCGUCGUUGGCGAAGCUCGCGUCCACCCAGCGCCCCGGGAAGGUCUCCGUGAUCCUUGCCAGUAGCCUGAAGCCGGCCCGCUGCAAAGCGUCGGCCGAUCGGGGCGAACCGAAGGACUGUGAUAUCGAGUCAUCGACUCGGACCGUCGACAACAAGGCGAACGGUACUCAGGGUCUCGCGGAGGCCUCGGCCGAGGCUUCCGUCAGGGUGAAGAGCCAGGCCGGAUUGGUGCAGGAGGAGGCUGCCGGGACCGAGAGGAACGAGAAACUCUGCGCCAUCGAUCCGGACUCCCUGGACGAUUACCUGAACGGCGGGAACAACUCCCAGGAGCAGGAGGAAGAGCUGCUCCAGUAUUUCCAGCAGAGCAACUCUUCCGGCUCGGACGUCGAGGCCAACAUUAUCGCGGAGACCGAGAGGAUCUCCAGGUCGGACAAGGUCUCUCAGCUCCGGCUGAUCCUUCAGCAGAACCUGAAGGCCGGGGUCGCCCACGUCCCGAUGGAACUUAACUCCGGAGCGGCUGGAGCGGCUGCGCGAAUCGUCAGCACCGAAAAGAGGGACCCUGCCUCGAAGCAUAAUCUGAUACUUCCCACCCUGCUGAACCACUUGAGCCACACCAGCACUCGUAGGAGGGUCAGCUUCGAGACCAACGUUGUAGAACAUAUCCAAGACUCGGGCAACACGCCUAAUACCGUCCCCCAGAGUCCCAACACUCGGCGCAAGAUCUUCAAUUUCACGCCGAUCUCGCCGGGACCCCAUUCCCCGAUAAACGGGAGGGCCUCGAAGCCUAACUCGGCGAAUGCUAGCCCUUUCGUCUCACCCAGGAACACCCCGGUCCCGAGAUCCAGGAGCAACAUUCAAUCCAGUUCGAGGUCCAGAUCCACCCAGAAAAACCUCUCCCGGUCUACAUCCUGUGGAGUGCCCUACACCGCCAGGACCGAGACCUUCGUAGUGCCCACCACUGGUCCCGAAUUGACCAGGCAGAUGUCAGCACCGCAGUCUCCGCUGACCUGCAUCAGAUCCACCGAAGUACAGGCUCCUGUCGUGGCGGUUGCUCAACAAGUCACCACUCCGGUGUCCAAGGAAAGAGGAGCUCCGCAGCCUGCUUCCUUCUUACCCUCGGACUUAGCUCCGCAGAAGCAGCUGGUAAUAAACUAUCCGAGUCAGGAGAAUUUACAGGAAAUUAAGACAGCCUAUCGGAAGAGCCAGCCUCUGGACCAGGAGAUCAGCGAGCUUUUCCACGAUGGCAAGCAGUACACCAACGAGCAGCUAUACUACAGGUCCCAGUCGGUGCCUCUUCAUCGGAUGGUGAACCCCAAUCUAAUGUCUCCAGUGUCCGCUCAUCAAUAUCAUUUGCCAUCGUUCCAAAGUCAGAGCUUCGAUCCAUCGGCCAGCAGUUCCAUAGCUCCUACUCCGGUGCCCAGUGAGUUUAAUGACUUCGUCGGCCCGAUCGGCCAGGCCGACAAUGGGUCGACCUAUCUUCUGGACGAGGUCGAUCCCAACUUCAUAUCGGACAGCCAGCAAUUCCUCAUCGGAGACAAAGAGAUCACUUCGGAGAACAUCAGCAACCUUCUGAACAUCCUCGACGAGGAGGGCACGCAGAACUUGCAAAUUCUGCCCGACAACACUGGAGAGGAGGCCCUCAUCGAGAGCAACCCCAUCGUCCUGGAGGACCUGCCCACGUCGAAUUUAAACAUCCAGAUCAUCCAAUCCAGGUCUUACCCCAACACUCCGCUGCCGCCGGCUCUGUCUUCGUACCCCCCAAAUUACACCGAAGAUAGCAACGGGUCCAGGUCUUACCCUUCGACGCCUCUGCACACCGUUCAACUGAGAGAGACCUAUCCUGAGACCAAUGAGCCGAUGCUCUCCAGCCCCACGCUGAACUCUCUGAACCUCCGGAGCGAAACGGUUGCUCCAAAUGGGUCCAAUGGCGUCUGCAGGAACGUUUGCGCGGAACUACUCGAGACUGAUUUCUUAGCUACCGAUACGAAUACGGAGACCGACGACCUGGACCCUUUGGGGAAUUUUGAUGGGCUUCAGGACCCAUUGGCACCGCUCUUCAACGAGGUAACCGAACCCAAUCCAUAGGGCGGUAUCUACCCACCCGUCAUUGGAGACGAUUUAGAUCACUCCGACGAUAUUCGACCACUUUCUGAACAUCUUUGAUGAAGGGGGUACCGAAGAAGGAACACUCCACGUACCCUUCGGGGAACUUUGACGGACCUCAGGACCCAUUGGCACUGCUCUUCUACGAGGUAACCGAACCCAAUACGUAGGGAGGAAUUUACCCACUCGUCCUCGGAGACGAUUAGAUCGCUCCGACGAUAUUCGAUCACUUCCUGAACAUCUUUGAUGAAGAGGGUGCCGAAGAAGGAGCACUCCAAGGGACCCUACUGUCUUAGCUCGCCGAGCUCCUCCACUCUGAACACCUGUUUACACGUCAAGGCUCUACUCGGGCACUCCGCUGCUCUGAGGUGCUCUCUUUGUGCUUUGCAAACUAUCUAGAAGACAGUUCUCAGACUCCACGCUCAACUCUUUCAACUGUCGAAGUGAAACAGUUGCAGUUAGUGGAUCCAGUGGUGUACCUAGAAGAUGGCUCACCCUCGGCUACUUCAGACUGAUUUCUUCGCCAGGGAUCCUGUCUGUAGUCAACAUGCUGGGUCGUUUGCGUAGCAUCAACGAAGAGAAUCACACGUCAACACUGCACAUCUACAAGAUGACUGGACCUGGUCCGUGGAUUUGGAUAUAUUAGAAGGUAAUGUCUCCGAUCAUCUAAUUUUUACCUUCCUUGCAGUUGCGAUUUCCUUUUAAAUUUCAACUCCAGGGUGGGGUUGUUACGUUGUAGGAGUUGGUAUUCAUGCAACGCAGUGCUUAGGAAUGUUAGAUGGAAACAAACGAAUGUGUAACCAUAGGGUGGAUGUUCUCGGUUGUGCUUUUUAUAAAAUUUCAUUUAAACCUCCGUUCGGAAAGGUUAACAGCCUUAUCGCUAACCUGGGGGUACGUAACGUUUUUCGUUCUUUAUUACGGUCGUUCGAGACUCUUCAUUGAAUAAUACGUAACUUCGAAAGAUUUACCAUCCCUUUAUCGACGAACUUGUGAAACCGCGCAGUCGCCCAUGUGAGACUGAAUUGACGCUCGUUUAUUUCCACUACGUUGGAUUAGAAAUCGCAACACUUUAUUCCGAAAUCAUGCCGCACCGUUUGUUUCAAUUAAACACCUCUAAGCAUUUCUAACCUAAAUCUAGGUUAAAUAAGAUCUCCUGAGAUCUCCGAUCAGCGUAUUUGUGGCAUUAAAGCGCACCUUUAUUGCCACAGAAGAAUUGUCCGCGUUGGUAUUCAGUGCUUAAUUUUACUCCCUCGAGGCGAUUUCUUGUUAAAAAAAAGUAUUCUUUAAAGCUGUACGCACGGCCUCUCGAAGUUUCUAUCGUACGUACUUUCAUGGGUGUUAAAUAUUUUUCCAGCACUGCCAUUAGAUUAUUUCACCGAUAAUCGAGGUUGUUCGAUUGAAAGGAAAGGUGUUCGUCUCGUGGAUAUCUUCCUCCUUGAUGUUCAAUUAGACGUCUUUCGGAUUAUCUCAAAUGCCGUUGGUUGUCACACCAGGACCUCUACGUCACACUCCAUAUUCUUUCCGCCGUGUCACUAGUGCUACAGUGCUCCUUAAUUGUCUAAACCUUCGAGAAAAUUUAUAUGUUUAUUAACAGUGAUACUUUCAGGGUGUGAAAAUGAUAAGAGAAUACGGUAACCUGUUUUAUUCGCUGAUACCUUGUAUCGGGUCGAAGAGGUGUUUUAUUCUAACUACUUGGAAUGCCCAGUUUAGAGAAGUUCUUAACUCGAGUUAUAUACCUCAGGGUAUCGGAGAGCUCAAAAGUUGACUCCGUUGUACAAAUUAUUUUUUAGGACCUCACUAGAUGAUUAGGACGUACGCAAUUGUGACAAGAUGUUUUCAACUCGCUGCGAAGGAAGCUUCUUUAAUGUUGUUGAUCGAUCACACGACUCUGGAGGCACUCCUGGUGGUGAUCUAGAAAACAGUUUGGUGGCUCUUUGGUAUCGGGGUCCUCGAUUACUCUGAGAUCCAUCUCGGAGACAUAUCAAAUGUUCAAGGAAGAACGACACAUAGACAAUUCAUUUGUUCGAAAUGAAAAAAAAAAAAAAGAAGUGUACCGCUGUAUUUUAUAUGUAGAGCCCAGAGAGUAGCAUUCUAAGAUGUUUAAAUUGUUUACCACAUUUGAGAAAGUUCUUCACAUAUGUCUAUAUAUAUAUAUAUAACAUGUUUUGGAUAUUAAAAGUUUUUAGGAAUGAGAGUAUAUAAAUCUUGAGAAAUUAUCUGGAAAGUGCAAUUAAAAUUAAUUUGUUUAUUAUAUAGUACGACUUUCGUUAUUUGGUUUAGAUUGAUCGUUUUAGGGUAAUUUUAACGUAGAUGAUAUUUACUUUAAAUAUACUUUCGGGGUAAUUUGAGAAAUUAUAUCAUCGGCAAAUCUUACCGUAGGUCUAAAUUAUGUUCAAGUGUUUAUGUUAACGGUACGAUCUAAUUAUUUCGGUGCGAUACGAGGGAUUUCGUUCGUGCAAUAAAGUUCGAAUUAAGGGAAUUCAUUUCGAAAAUGGCGAACCCAUCACCGAAGAGCCACCAUUCGUAUUUUAAAUCGCGCCUCGUCCGGUUGCGAUUUCAUCGAUUUUAUUUAAAUUAACACGUACUGAAAACGGUAUCAUUGAAGCAAAAGGAGGGUUUUGUAGCAUUCAAUUAACGGGCGAUCGAGUCACAAUUUCUUUCCACAUGCGAGCAGGCUUCUGAAGAUUUUUCUUUUUUGUUUUAAAUUAUGAGACGAACAUUGUCAAGAACAUCAGUGUGGUCGUUGCAUGCAUUUUCUGUUCUCCCGAUUCUUCUUUAUUAAUUAAUAUAACGGCGUACAAUUCGAGAUAAAUGAAAGGCUUCCCUAAUUUUGCACGAAAAUAAUGUACGAUUCUUUUUUGAACUGACAUAAACGGCAGUGACGACAUCGCCGUCAUGUUUCGGAUCUCCGAAAUACCGUUUUUUUUUUUGGUUUUAAUCGGAUGGGAAAUUUAAGAUGCAAGUAUUGAAAUUGUACCACAAAACACUGCCGUAGUAUUAGAUAAGGAUUUACUCCACAUUUAUGCAGCGACUGCGUUGUCUUUUAGGAUUCGUGAAUGUGUGCAACGGCAGGUCCUUUUUCCGGUAAUUGAUCAUCCGUGAUUCCUUUAUCAGCCUCACCUUUGAUUUCUAUUUGAUACGAUAAAAAGGGGUAUCCUCUCCGAGAAUGCGUUACAUCGGUCCUUUAUUGUUAAAGUGUUUAUUCGAGUUUCCCAAAAUUAAUAGCAUACAAGGGACGUGCAAAGACGGUCACUCUCUCUAUCUCUCUCUCUCUCUCUCUCUCUCUUAUUAUUAUUAGUAGCAGUAGUACUAGUAGUAGUAACCGUAGGAUAAAAACCGUUCUUGUUAUACACCGCUUUAAUGGCGGUGGGAAGUAUUACGGCUGGUGGUUUCCAUUCGUCCGUAAUAAUUGGACAAAUAUUGCGUUACGAGUAUUUCACGAAUGCCUUAUGGCGGCCCUCGUAGGCGUAGCGUUCAUUGUCCGGUUGUUUUGGAUGAAUACAAAACUUUGGAAUUGAAGACAUACCACGUAAGACCCGGGUCUACAGUUGCACGCACAAAACGUAUAGACGUACACUGGGAGACAUCAAUGCCCUCCCACCCUGCACAGGCGAUGCCGUAUCUGCAGGGGAGGCAUUCGUGUCCGCCAUUGUACAUCUGUGGUUACUCCGUGUCGUUCGAUUUCUCGCUGUAUUAAAUGGCUAAUCUUAGGUACUCCAUUGGCGCACUUUUGUACGAAGCAAUUUUCUAGCAGGAAUUGUUUUGUCGGUAUUUAAAGGUAUCCCGUUGCCGUAGGGUCGGUCACGCCUUUUGUUGGAGCAAUAAAGGCGAGCAAUGGUUUGUUAAUUAUCCUGCGGUUCGGACUACUUUAUGACCUCUGCGCCUACCGGGGAUAUUAGGCCGCCAUAUUGGAAUGAGUUUGGACCAUAGACAGAGGAAUAUAGGAACCGAGCAUAAAAAAAUAAGAUGGUUACUUAAACAAGGGGGACAGCCAUAUUACCACGUCCAAACGUGACGCGAGAUUUGAAUGGGUCUUUCUACCUUUUACAUUGAGAGCAAAAUUAAAGGAGGAAAAAAAUAGUCGUUGGUCUUUUAUCAUUACGUUUUUUU